UCAUAUUCAUGUAAAUUAAAAAUAAGAAAUAAAUAACGUACUACUCCUAUAUUAAUUAAAAUCACCAAACCCCUUUCUCCUAUGUUUUCUGGGGAUCACACACACACUAUUCUGCCAGCCAGUACUCUACUUAAAUAAUAUAUAGUACUCCCAUCUUCUUGAAAAACAAAAUAUAUAUAUAUAUAUAUAUAAAUACCCGUGUAUGUGAGUGAGAACUAGCUAGAUAUGGGCGGGAUGACAUCAUCAAUGGUUGCAAAAUUUGCAUUCUUCCCGCCAAACCCGCCAUCAUAUAAGCUUGUAAAAGAUGAGCUCACCGGUUUACUGUUGCUGAGUCCGUAUCCUCACAGAGAAAACGUGGAAGUAUUGAAACUGACAACGCGUAGAGGAUCAGAGAUCGCAGGUGUAUAUGUAAGACAUCCGAUGGCAACAUCGACUGUUUUAUACUCGCAUGGUAAUGCAGCGGAUCUUGGUCAGAUGUAUGAGCUCUUUAUCGAACUCAGUAUUCGUCUCAGGGUUAAUCUCAUCGGGUACGACUACUCUGGGUAUGGACAAUCCUCAGGAAAGCCAAGUGAGAAUAACACAUAUGCAGAUAUCGAAGCAGUUUAUAAAUGUCUUGAGGAGAGUUAUGGAACUAAGCAAGAAGAUAUCAUUCUAUAUGGCCAAUCUGUUGGAAGUGGCCCCACUUUGGAUCUAGCAAUCCGUCUUCCUCGUUUAAGAGCUGUUGUACUUCAUAGUCCUAUACUCUCAGGAUUAAGGGUUAUGUAUGCUGUUAAACGCUCAUACUGGUUUGAUAUUUACAAGAAUGUUGAUAAAAUUCCACUCGUCGAGUGUCCAGUGCUUAUCAUUCAUGGCACUGCAGAUGAGGUGGUUGAUUUCUGUCAUGGGAAGCAGCUAUGGGAACUCUGCAAAGAGAAAUACGAACCACUUUGGAUCAAAGGUGGAAACCAUUGUGAUUUAGAGCUUUAUCCGGAAUACAUUAGGCAUCUAAAGAAGUUUGUAUCAACAGUCGAGAAAUCACCUUCACACAGGCAUAGCAGUUCAAGGAGGAGCACCGACCUCCACUUUGAACCGCCAAGGAGGAGCACAGACGUGUUUGAGGCAUCAAGAAAAAGCACGGAUAAAAGAGAGAAACCAAGGAAAAGUAUGGAAAAGACGAAAGUUGAAAAGCUAGAAAAGAUGAGGAUGUCAUUUGAUCAAAUGGAGAGGUCAAGACGAAGCGUUGACGUGAUUGAGAAGUCAAGGAAAAGUGUUGAUCUUCAACAACUAGAUAGAGGUAGAAAGAGCGUCGAUCGGUUGGAUAGAUUACGAACUGGGUAGUUCUUUUCUUCAUUUGAUGUCACUUAUUAUAACUAAAAAAAAUGUGGUAUCUAUGCAUGUUUUGAUAUUGUUUGGCA